UCAACAAUAUUAAAAUUAUGACAAGGAAAAAACAUGUUAUUCAGGAAAUCCAGUUUUAUAUCUUUUUUAGUGUUUAGUUUGAGUCGUUAAAUUCGCAUAAAAAUCCAGUGAAAUUGAGUGUAACUGAUUUCAUUUAUUUAUGUUAAGUGUGCCAUAUAAAAAUGUGUUUACAAUUAAUUCAGUGUCAAAUGUUUGCUGAUCGAAAAUCUGAUUUGCUGAUGAUUAUGAUGACGUUUCAGGACUGGCUGGCUAUAUGCGUUGCGCCUCUCUGCCUGUUUUUACGGUAUUUAUGUCAUCACUUCCGUAAAACGAGAACUUGUGUUUCUUUGUAUCAAUUAGCUGCAGCUAGCUGAAAGCGGUACACCGUUAAACCAACACGGAGCUAACCGGACAGCUGUAGUUUGUACACAGUCAGCAGCUUCAGCUAUGGCUUGUUUCAGUUAAGCGAGGAUGACCGAGUUACAGCCACUUUUCUCGCUUUAAAGUUUCGACUUCCUGCCACUUUGUGUGUGUGUUUUUUAACAAUGCUGAGCAGUGUUGCUCUGCGGGCUCAGAUUGCCUCCAUAAUCGACGUCCUGUCCAAAGCAGCCGUGGCAGAGAUCGCCAAAGUUGUGGAGGAUGGCAUGGUGGUGCUGCGGCUGGAAAUGUGUCAGCGUGAAACCGAGAUCAAGAAGCUGAAGAGCAACAUCGAGGUGCUGCACAACGAGCUGCGGUCUCUGCAGGAAAGAGUGACCCUGCGACCCGACAGCCAUGGGAGAGCUGACGGUCAGAGUGGUGUUGGCGAUGAGAGGACCUCGCUUGAAAAGGGGCACGCUGAAAAAGACCUAAACAUCGUGUCUGUACCUGAGGUGCAGGUGAAAUGUGAACCAGUGGAAGAAGGAAGAGGACAACCGGAGCAGCUGGGAGAAGAGCCAGCCUUGUUUGAGAAGGACGGUGCUCAGUGGAGACCGACAACACAGACGGGACGCAACAACUCAGAUUAUUUAAAUUUAGGUCAGAACUCCUUGUCGGGUCUCCCUGAGACUUCUCUGGACUCCGGACCGGCCGUGCCCUGCAGCGUCCCCGGUGGGUUUCAGCAGAGCCCGUUCAGCCGCGGGUACAGUCCGUUCCGUAACUCGUACCAUGCGGUGCGGAGGAGGACGGUGAAGAGGUUAAUGUUCAAGAAAGGUUACAUCUGUCCGUACUGUGGUAAAUGCUUUGAGCGCUCCGGGCACCUGGAGAGGCACAAAAUGAUUCACACCGGUGAGAGACCGUAUCGCUGCGAGAUUUGUGGGAGACGCUUCAACCAGAACUGCAGCCUAAAGGAGCACAUGAAGAUUCACAGGAGAUGUAUCGAGCCCAAACCUCUUGAGGUCAAAGUGGGCGAACAGAAGCAGCUUCCUGAGGUGAAUCCAUGCACCGAGACGCUUCGCCCCGAGGAGGAGAGCCAGGUGAAAGCUGACGCUGUCCUACCAAAGAAGGAGGACAUUCCCACAGCACCUGUCCACGUCAAAUCUGAGCCUGCAGAGGAGAAUAUAGCACAAACAGCUUUUCAAGGAGGAAACGAGCAAACGAGGGACGGAGGAGACAACCUCGGUGAGAACUUUGCAACAUUUGAGCGAGACAGCCAGCAGUGGGUGUCUCGCUUACAAGGACAAAACAACACGGAGAUCAGCGGGACAGAUUAUCUUGGCAGCUCGGCGCAGAGUAUGGUGUCCUUCCCGGGGAUGGCUCAGUUGCUGCCGCUACCAGUCGAAGCUUCUUGUAGCACAUUCUCCUUCCCGGGGAAACCAUACGUGGAACUGAAGAACAGCAUGGUCUCCCAAACGCCUUACGGAUCCUCAGACACACUCAUGAUGUCAAGUGAAGCAGGUUUACACGGUAUGACUGGAGCCACGCUGUAUCCCCGCUGGCAGAGAGGAAGCAGGUCUUUUCAGGUCAUCAAACCAAAGAAAUCCUUCAUCUGCUCGUACUGCGGCAAGAUCUUCGAGCGCGCCGGCCACCUUGAGAGACAUUUACGAAUUCACACCGGGGAGAAGCCGUACGGUUGUCAUAUCUGCGGCAGGUGCUUCAAUCAGAAAAGUAGCCUCAAGGGCCACAUGAAAACACACAGAAAUGGUGAGAACACAGACGUACUGGAGGCACAUCACCUGAUGUUUACAAUCCCUGAUAAUCAGUCGUUAAAGAACCUGGCAGAACCCAAGACCGGCCUGGCGGCUUUAGAGGACCAGUUGGGCGCUGCGUACGGCGAGGCGGUCGGUGAGCACACAGUGAUGGUGAAGCUGGAGCCAAACGGGGAGGAUUUUCAGACUCCAAGUCAGGCGGGGAAUGAUAACCGCACAGCAGCACCAGACCAAAGUCAGCUGUGGACAUCUGGGUUAGAGAAGAGUGGUAAUACGGAACAAACUGUCUGCGUACUUUUACAGGACGUCAAGUAUCACCUCGGUCCUGCUGCUGGAGGAGCCGAUGAGCAGCAGGGAUACACAUCACCCACCAUAAGGGAUCUGCCUUUUCUGGACGACAAAGAAAAGGAAGAAAUGAUGCACAAUGAUCAGUAUUCAAUGAUGGGGAUGCAAUCAAGUAGCUGUGAUAUGACUGUAGCGCCUGAGCUGCAGGAUCAACCAGAGGUGGCUGUGAGUGAGUACACAGCGGUUAGUGACAGGACUCACGAGGGAGAUGUGUUUGAAUUUAAUAUGACCGCCUCGGGCAACCACGCGGACGACCUCGGCGGGGACGCCACCAGGCAUAAUUGCUUUAUAUGCUCAACUUGUAGACAGAGCUUUGAUAGUUUCAGUUUAUUCGAGAGGCACCAGUGUAAAAAUAUCACAGAGCAGUCGUUCAGCUGUGAGAUAUGUGGGAAGAGUUUUAAUCAGAUGAGCAUCCUGAAGCUGCACCUUAAACUGCAUGUAGAGUGAAGUCAGACUCUACACCAGGGGUGUCA